AUGACCAUGACAAGGAUUCCGUUCAUCCGCUUCACGAUGAACAGGAUUCCGUUCAUCCGCUUUUCUCUCAGUGUGUUCCUGCUCGUAGCCCUCCUCGGGAUUGCCUCGCAUCCGGCAAUAGUGACGGCCAAAAAAGGCGGUGGCCGUCCACGCAAGCCGCCACCUCCUAAUCUGAACCCGUCGUCCGAAAUCUUCCCGACCUGCAGGUUCUCAGGCGGCAUCAACUUCACGGUCUCGCCAAAAUUUGUCGGAACCACGUGGCGAGGGUGGGGCACUUCGCUCGCCUGGUUCGCGAACUACGUCGGCGGUCUGCCGCAGAAGACGCAGAACAAAAUGCUCGACCUCCUGUUCGGGAAAGACAACCUCGCUUUGAACAUUGUUCGUUACAACAUUGGAGGCGGGCACGACAAGAAACGCAGCCCGCAGUUCUAUCAAACGGAGCAUACGGAUUGGCGGGGCAUGCCGGGUUACAAGCCGACGGAGAAGGGCCCGUACGAUUGGAGCGCGGACGAACGGCAGCGGAAGGUGCUGCAGGGAGCGAAGGAGAGAGGAGCGAAUGUCUUCGAGGCGUUUUCGAACAGCCCGCCCUGGUGGAUGACCAAGUCGGGUGACGUUGCAGGCCCGCCGCUGAUCGGGCAAUCGAAUCUGAAGAAAGAGUACGAGAGCGCUUUUGCGAACUACCUGACGACUGUCGUGGAGCAGUUCGCGAAAAAGUGGGGUGUUACUUUCGAUACGCUGGAGCCGUUCAACGAAGCGUUGGAGGGGUUCUGGCAGGCGGGGAAUGCGCAUGAGGGUUGCUCCUUUGAUACGCCGGCAAUGGGGCGUGUCAUUAAGUACACUUCAGACUCGUUAAAGAAGAAGGGGCUUAAAACGAAGCUGGUUGGUGUGGACAGCUGCAUGGCUAGUAGCACUGGGGCAGCCCCUAAUCGUUGUAGACUCCCUCCGCUGUCAUUGCUACUCAUACUAUCCACGUUAUGGAGUUCCUCCUUCCGCGCCGCCCAUGCGCGCGCAUUGCAUCGCGACAGCAUCCGCCCGGCAUCAACAGCGGGCGCAGCGGGGCGAUACUCGCUCGACGAGAUCACCAUCCACGCGCACAUGCGGCGCGAGCGGCGCAAACGGAACGUCCGGCUGUUUUCCGUCGACGAAUCCGCGUCGCUCUCCCCGCCGCCGUCGCUACAACCGACCAAUGAGCUGUUUGACAUCUGUAGCUUCCCCGGGCCAAUCAGCUUGAAUAUCACUCCCUCGUUCAUUGGGACAACGUGGAAGGGAUGGGGCACGUCUCUGGCUUGGCAAGGCAACUACAUCGGAGGCUUUCCCAAGGAUCGCAUGGAUACGCUUCUCGACCUCAUCUUCCACCCCCGGAAAGGACUCGGUCUGAAUAUCGUCCGGUACAACAUAGGCGGAGGGCACAACGAAACGCUAAGUCCGCAGUUUUCUAAAGAUGUGACGAGUAGCUGGAAGGCCAUGCCCGGGUAUUGGCCGGCGGAGUCUGGGCCGUACGAUUGGAGCGCGGAUCAGCGGCAAAGGAAUGUUCUGUUUGGCGCGAGGGAGCGCGGAGCGAAUGUUUUUGAGGCGUUUUCGAACAGCCCGCCGUGGUGGAUGACUGUGUCGGGUGACGUGGCAGGUGCGUCGGAGAAGAACCAGCCGAACCUGCAGCCGCGGUACGAAGGAAAAUUUGUGGAUUACCUCACUACAGUGGUGGAGAAAUUCGCAAAAGACCCGGCUUGGAAUUUGACUUUUGAUACGCUGGAGCCGUUUAACGAGCCGCUGGAAAAUUUCUGGAACGCGGGGAACGGGCAGGAGGGGUGUAAUUUUGACGUCCCCGGCAUAACCCGCGUGCUGUGGGCUACUAUAGACGCUCUGAAGAAGAAGGGGCUUAAGACGAAAGUCGCCGCGUUUGACAGCUGGACGGAGGACACGGUUUCGGCGAUCAACUCUAUAGCGAGGAUAAACGAAGUGAAGCGGAUCAAUGUUCAUGGGUACAUGGACCCGGCCCCUAGCAAUCAGGAUCCGGUCAGCUACACCACCCAGAUGUACAGUAAAAUGCGCGACAUAGCCAAGGGGAUGGGGAAGGAGGUUUGGGUAAGCGAAUCCGGACCAAUGGGGCGAUUCGGACAACCUUUCGACCUGUCACUGUACAUGGCGCGAAACGUGAUCGAGACCGUCAACAUACUGCAAGCAUCUGCGUACGUGUACUGGCUAACGUACGAUUCUGAUCCUCGCUGGACAAUGAUCCACUUCCCGUGGAAUUACCCUGCGGGGUAUACGGGUACUGUGAAAAACCCGAAGCGGUCUAAGCGAUGGUAUAUAUUCAAGAUGCUGACUAGUCUUGCUAAGCCGGGAAGCCAGCCGCUCGCGAUCCCCGCGGAGUGCUCUCACGGCAUUGCGGGGUUCUUCAACGAGGCGGACUCUGUAGCCAAACCGCCAGCUCCGACGCUCGAGCCGGCGUGGGAGCGGUUCGGGGUGUGCUCGGGCGGUAAGGGACCGUUCCACGUGACGAUCACUCCGCGGCAGAUCGGGACCAAGUGGAAAGGAUGGGGCACCUCGCUCGCAUGGCUGGGCAACUACAUCGGCGGGUUCCCCCAGGCGGCGAUGGACCCUCUCCUGGACCUCAUGUUCCUCCCCUCGGGCCUCAACCUCAAUAUAGUGCGAUUCAAUAUAGGCGGCGGCUCGCUCCCGCAGUACAGCCCGCAGCUCCACUCGGACGCGCUGCUGCGCUGGCGGGCCAUGCCGGGGUACUGGCCGGCGCAGGCAGCGGGGUUCAACUGGACGGCGGAUUCGAGGCAGCAGGCGGUGCUGCUGGGAGCCAAGGCCCGCGGGGUGAACGUCUUCGAGGCGUUUUCCAACAGCCCGCCCUGGUGGAUGACCGCGAGCAAGGACGUCGCGGGUGGGAAGAAGGCGUUUCAGACGAAUUUGCUGCCGAAGUUCGAGGGGAAGUUUGCGAAAUACUUGGUGGAGGUGGUCGAAAGAUUUAAAACGGAUCCGGCUUUAGGGAAUAUCGAGUUUGAUACACUGGAGCCGUUUAAUGAGGCGUUAGAGGGGCACUGGCUAAAGGGGAUGGGGCAGGAGGGGUGUAAUUUCAACGUCGUCGAAAUGACCCGGAUAAUCUUCAAAACUCUGCGACUACUGCGCGAGAAAAAGCUCAAGACGAAACUCGCCGGUGUGGACAGUUUUCCGGGCAUGACCGCUCUCUGGUUCCCACUGCUCGUGGGAAAAAUAUUUCUCCACCGGGUGAACGUUCACGGUUACACGCUGCCGGUUCAGCAGGUCGUAAACAUGACUGCUUCUGUCGCCGAGAAAACCUACGCCGCUCGAUACGUCGCGAUGAAGGUGCUCGCGAAAUCGCUGGGGAAGGAGAUCUGGGUGUCGGAAUCUGGGCCGUUGAACAAGUUUGGCAACGCGUACGAUCUCUCGCUCUACAUGAUGCGAAAUGUCAUCGAGACAGUCAACAUUCUCGAGGUCUCCGCGUAUGUCUACUGGCAGAUUUUCGAUCCAAACGAGACUUGGUCGCUGCUCGGCCUGAAUUGGUAG